GUUAUGACUAUAUAACCACCGGACUAAGUUUGUUAAAUAGCUGUCGCUGAACAGACAGUUGUCAUCAACAGCGAUACCGGCUCCACUGGCAUCAAAGUGUUUCGGUGUAAUAGCAUAACGACAGCGGCACUCGGCUAAUGCUAGCUACCGGCUGCUUACAGGGGGAAAUCUACCCCAAAACAACAUUACAUUCUGAUACGUGUAACGUUAGCUCGUGGUCAGUAACGUUAUGUAUACAACCUGCCAGCUGUCUUCCUGUGUUGAAGGAGCAUGACAAUAUAACUAUAGUGUAGUUGGACCGUGAAUUAGGGACUGACUUCUACAAGAACUCAUCUCAUUUUGUGGACGUUACCAGAAAAUACUGUCAGUUCAUUGUAUACAGAGGAGCACCAGGAUGUAUCCCUAAACUAUGCUAACUUGAGAUCUUUAGUACUAUUCAGCGUACAAAGAUGCAUGUUCAAAAUCAAUAAAUUAAAUCUGAGCUGCAGUGAGAUUUCAUCCAGCAGAUGUAAAUAUUAUUUUAGGUUGGAUUGUCCCGUUUGUCCCGAAAACAGCGCUUUCAGCAUUUUUUGUUAGUGAAAGGAGGACUACGUUUUCUAGAAAACGAGGUGUCCCGAUGGCGACAGACAUUGUUGCGCAGUUGGCCGACUCUCUGGCUAAGACUGGAGUGGAGGACGGAGAGUUGAGCUACAAGGGCCAGGGAAGAAAGCUGGAUGAUGCCCAAUCAGUGGAGGAGAUGGUUAAGGAGAUCCAGGACUUCAAGGAUUUACAGGCUCUGAGGUUGGAGGGAAACACUAUUGGCGUGGCGGCAGCACAAGCCAUCGCCAAGGCUCUCGAGACCAAGAGCAAGUUCGAGCGCUGUUAUUGGAGUGACAUGUUUACAGGUCGCCUGCGCCCUGAGAUCCCACCUGCCCUGAAUUCACUGGGUGAUGCUCUGAUGUUGGCGGGUGCCAGGCUGACUGUUUUAGACCUCAGUGAUAAUGCCUUUGGACCAGAUGGGGUAAAGGGCAUCGAGAGGUUGCUCAGGAGCACCGCCUGCUACACAUUGCAGGAGCUACGGCUCAACAACUGUGGCAUGGGCAUCGGAGGGGGGAAGAUCUUGGCUGCUUCGUUGAUUCAGUGUCAUAAAAAAUCCAGUGCAGAGGGCGCCCCCCUCGGUCUGAAGGUGUUUGUUGCGGGGAGGAACCGCCUGGAGAACGAUGGAGCCACUGCCCUCGCUCAAGCCUUCAAGUUGAUGGGGAGCCUGGAGGAGGUCCACAUGCCCCAGAAUGGCAUCAAUCAUCCGGGUGUGACUGCCCUGGCCACAGCCAUGCAGAACAACGCAAGCCUCCGCAUCCUCAACCUCAACGACAACACCUUCACUGAGAAGGGGGCUAUCGCCAUGGCUCAGGCCCUGAAACACCUUCGCAGCAUCCAGGUGAUAAACUUUGGAGACUGUCUGGUGCGGCCAGCAGGAGCCAUUGCUAUUGCAGAAACUGUAUCAGAGGGACUACCCAUCCUCAAGGAACUCAAUCUGUCAUUUGGCGAGAUUACAGAGGAAGCUGCUCUGGCUGUGGCACUAGCAGUAAAGAACAGGGACCAGCUGGAGAAACUGGACCUAAAUGGUAACUGUCUAGGAGAGGAUGGCUGCAAAGCUCUGAAAGCCUGCAUGGAAGGCAUGAACAUUGGCGAGCUUCUAGGAUCGCUCAGUGACGACGAGGGUGAACUAGAGGAUGAUGACGAGGACGAAGAUGAGGAAGAGGACGAAGACGAUGUGGAUGAUGAGGAAAUAGAGGAGGAAGAGGAAGAAGAGGAGGACGAGGAAAGCAGUGACAUCAAGUUGUCCACCCCUGCAUCAGCACCCCGGCCGCCAGACGUCUCCUCCUUCCUCAGCUUCCCAUCCCCAGACAAACUGCUCAAACUGGGGGCCAAGAGAGCGUUGCUAAUUGAGCAGCAGGUGGAUGUGUCCGAUGCUUCAAAAACAGCUGAAGCCUUCCUCAAGAUUGCAUCUGUGUACAAGGAGGAGAAUAAUGAUGUUAAGAAUGCAGUGUUGGACAGCGUUGAUGCCCUUCUGAAGAAAGCUUUUUCCACUCCGUCCUUCCAAGGCUACAACUUUGUAUCAUCUUUGUUAGUGCUACUUGGACUUCUCAAGAGUGAGGACAAGGUGAAGCCUGUGCUCGUGGUUCCUGGCCACCUCCACGCCUUGGAGCACGUUGUUCGACAGGACUACUUCCCCAAGGAGAACGUGGCUGUGCUGGAGGCCUUCAUGUCCCGGUAAGGACGUGACCGAAUGAGCCAAUCAGCAGGCAGCCUCCAGAAACAACAUGGCUCUGGAGUCAUGUGGAAAUGCCAGAGUCGGCCUCCAGUCAACACUGAAGAGAGUCAGGGCUGAGGACUGACACACACACACACACACACUCUGACUGAACUUUGACUGAUCACUGAUGGACCUUUGGAAAGCAGCACACGUGCGCUCAAAUUUGAAGCAAAUAAAGCAGAGCAGCACAUGAGAAGAACAGACUCCGCUCAGACGCACAUCGCUGUGUCACCGUUCACUGUCCCUCACAAGUUCAGCAACAAACCUUCUGGACUCUGGACGGGACUUGAAUGCUUUGUGUUGUAGACUGAUGCUCUUAUUGUGUGGACUAACUGAAGUGCUUUGAGUACACUAGUAUAACCACAGGACAGCACUGAAAACUUAGUCUUCAUGCUUUUUUUUUAUUAGGUGAAUAAGAAAAGGCCCCACAUAACCUAAAAUUUGUGCGUUAUCUCCUGGUUAGUGACACCUGACUGAAGCACAAAUUCUACUUUGGUGCAAACUAGAAAGGCUCUGACCAGAAUUAAUCUGGGCUCGAAGCUUCACUUUGUGUACAUUUUCUACUUCAUGUAUACCUUUUUAUUAUUCUGUUUUAUAUAAAAUGUUUACUGAAUUCGAUAUUAUGGUCAAACAAUGGUGUUAAUAAAAUAUGUAUUGAUCGCUAAAUAUUAUCAAAAUAAGACUGUAAAUCAUAAUAGAACUGUCAAAGGGAUGGACUAUGUUUAAAUGUAUAUGCUGCUUUUAUUGAGGCACAUGUUGCAGAGUUUUUGGAUUUGUGUGCAAAAAUAAAGCUGAUUUGAGUGUUG